CCCACAUCCUUCUGGAAUCUCCCCACGAUCUGUCGUUCAGUCAUUCGACUCGGAUGGCGGCAGAUGUUACAUGCUCUCGAGGGCGUUGCUUUCAAGCGAAAAUGUAUCCGGAUCCAGGCUUUUCUCCAUUUCGACGGCAAUGCUCUGGUGUGGUGCUCUCAACAUUCUACAUACCAAGUACGGUGAUCGUCCUCGGGAAAUUUCACUCAUUGCCGAUCACCUGUAGUCGGUCACCUGUGCUAUCUCAAGUUCCGUUGUCUAAGUGCAUCCCCGGCUGCCUGAGUUCGUCACCGUAAAACAUGGAACAUGGUCAUUUCACGACCACAUGUCUCUCACGACGGUCACGGCAUGCCAUACUCAAUUACUACGUAAAAUAGCUCAGUGUUUUAUCCGCGCUUGGUUGUAUCAAGG